AUGGGUCCGUCACCCUUGUCAGUAGCAGAUGAAAACCCGUAUCGUGAAUCCACUUCUAGCACCAAACGGCUCUCCACACAACAAAAGUAUCAAACACAGGUUUUACGGUUAAUCGAAUUUCGCGAGUUUUCUAACGCCCCUGCUUGUACUAUGGCUAUUCAUGAUUGA